UUCUCUUGGUCUUCCUUUCUCGUUUUUCAUUUUCGUUACAACUCUAUGUAUAUUUUGCGGGUUUUUGGUGUUGUGCCCAAGUGUUCAUGUAUACAAGGACGAAUAGUGCGUGUGUGUCGUGUCAAUCUCGCGCGACAAUCGUGUAACCCAGAGAAAUAUAGAAAUAUUCGUACACAUGCAUUCAUGUAUUUUACCUCAUACAGGCACGCACACACACGUUCAUGAAUACGCGGGCCAGGCAUUGCGCGCGAGUGAGAGCGAUGUAGAGACAGCGGAACCGUCAAAAUUUUUACGCGUUAUAUUUUCAUUUCCAACUUCGCGAUUCCAACUUUUGAUCGUCAUCAGUAACAUUUAAAAUGCGUCGUAUUUUCUUGUAUAAUUAUUGCAGUUAGAAUUCGAGCUUAAUGGUUUAACGUUCCUUUGGGCUUUGGAAUAGUUGAAAAAUCACGUCCACUCCUGUAAAUCUCGAGAAUCUCUUUCAACAAUUCCUUGUGUUUCGUUCAACACGAAUAAAAAGUCUGCGAUUUAUACGUGGCUGUAAUAUACUUUCUGCGAUGGAUUCACUCUGCGCGUGACGACGAGCCAACCGGGGGAUACCUCCGAUUCUGCGAUAUCGCGCCAGUCAUAGGUUCCGGUCUGUGCUGGGAAAAUCAGCGCUGUGUACUUUGCCGUAAUGUUUGCUACCUGACACUGAAGUAGCUUGUUAUCUAAGGAAUUAGCCAAUUUAGGAAAAUAUUUGUGUCAACAAAUUUUGAGCCAAAACCACUAGAGCUUAAGGUUCGUCAUAGCAACAAUGAACAGCCGGCUGGAAGAUACUCAGUCAAAGUGGAUAUGCGAAUAUUGUACAUAUGAGAAUUGGCCGUCGUCUUUGAAAUGUACAAUGUGCCGAGGUACAAAACCUCUUCUCGGAGAGGACAUAUACAGAUUAAGGGAUCCGAGUCCGCAGAGGUCGUCGUCGAACGUGGCGUCUGGUCCGGUGCCACACAUAAGCAACAGUACGGAUUCAUACAAUCUUAGUCCACAAAAUUACAGUCAAAAUUUACCUUCGGGUGGUAAAUGGUCGUGUGAUAGUUGCACAUAUUUAAAUUAUCAAAAUACGAGCCGUUGUGUGCAAUGUGACAAUCGUAAACCACCGAAUAAUACGCAAUCGCCAAACUCGAUUGCUUCGAAUUUGCACGAACAUCUCGCACCUCUGAGACUCGGCGAUCCACCCCCUCCUUCCCUCACAAAUAUCGUCUCGAACGAACAACUCAAUCCUGCCUCAUUGAACAACGUGCAAACACCGCCACCGCCGAAUGUUCAUCCUGACAAAUGGUCCUGCAUCGCCUGUACUUAUGAGAAUUGGCCAAAAGCUACAAAAUGUGUUAUGUGCGGACACCCGACAAAAGAACAACGCGGAGAGAGAAGAGAGAAGUCUGGAGUCAAUUCGGGUCUUAUUUUACCCAGUCCUGAGAGGGACCAUAAUCAACGAGGCUUACCCUUGUCACCGCAAACUGCGUUACCUUACAUACAUCAAGCUCAACGUGAUGAGAAUCUCGCGAUAGCCAGGAGGAGUUCUCACAGAUAUGACUCGAGGAACGACAGUCUACCAAAUGCUCAAUCACCGAACGAUUGCGACUACGAGAGCCGACUCAAACAGCUCAGACGUCAUACCGAUUGGUGCUGGUUGAAUGCGUGUCUUGGUAUCGUCGAAGGUGAUAACGCUCCGGUCGAAGCGUACCUUGCGAGCGGCGGUGAUCCAGCACGUCAAUUGACGCAUUCCGAGGUUUUACUCCUCAACAGAAGCAGUGCCUUUGACAUAGGACACACGCUCGUUCAUUUGGCGAUCAGGUUUCAACGUGAAGAUAUCUUAGCCAUCUUGUUAUCGCAAAUUGAAGGAUCCGGCUCGGGUAUAAAAAGAGUUCCGAGUUACGUAGCGCCCGAUUUGGCAGCUCAGAUUCGUAGACAUGUUACGAAUAGCAUACGUUUGCGAAAAGGUUCGUUUCCAUGUUACUUCGUCACCGACAUAGCUACUUUUGCACUGCCUGCCGAAGUUGAGGAUCUUCCGAGCGUCGUGCAAGAACAGAUGCUCGAGGAAUUACUCGACCGUGAGGCACAACAGCAGCUCGAGGGCGGAGGUGGUGAACCACCGGCGUUGAAUUGGUCGCUCGAAAUAACUGAAAGAUUGGGCUCUCGUUUGCACGCUCUUUGGAAUAGAUCAGCCGGUGAUUGCCUCCUCGAUUCCGCGAUGCAGGCUACCUGGGGCGUUUUCGAUCGUGAUAAUGCACUACGACGUGCUCUUGCAGAUUCUUUGCAACAAGCUGGUCAAUUUUUUUAUCCGCGUUGGCGGGAAUACGAAGCGUCGCAGGCAUCAAGAAUGUUAGAUUUCACACUUGAGGAGGCUCAAUGGCAGGAUGAUUGGGAGAGUCUACUAGCAACCGCUGCUCAACCGGGCAGCGCAUUAGAACAAUUACACGUUUUUGCUCUCGCCCACAUACUGCGGAGGCCUAUCAUAGUUUACGGGGUUAAAUAUGUCAAGAGCUUCCGAGGCGAAGAUAUUGGAUAUGCAAGAUUCGAAGGAGUUUAUUUGCCUCUAUUGUGGGAACCUUCGUUUUGCAUUCGUUCACCAAUAGCCCUCGGUUAUACGCGAGGACAUUUUACGGCAUUGGUACCAAUAGAACCUUACGCAUCGUCGCGAUUAUCGUCUCUGGCGGCACACGGAGGUGUCGGCGGUGAUAACAGUCCGAUGCAACAACUGCAGAUUCAAAUGCAGACAACUUUUAUGCCGCUAAUGGAUCGCGAGCGCAAACUCUUGCCAAUACAUUUUCUAAGCCCCGAAGAAAUAGGACGCGAAGAAACGAUAUUGAAACAGUGGCUCGACGUUUGUACCACAGAGGGCGGGAUUCUCGUGGCGCAACAAAAACUUCACAAAAGACCGCUUCUAGUGGCUCAGAUGUUGGAAGAAUGGUUGAAUCAUUAUCGAAGACUUGCCCAAAUGAACAAUGCUCCGUUCGUAAGGCCAGCAGCUCUGCAGGAAUACAGUAGCGACGGUGAUACGGAGGAUGAAUAACGGUCCGCGAGUGCGAUGCGCUGAGGCUGCAACCGCGACGGUCGAUUCAUCUAAGAGGAUAUUUUCUCCAGCGCUGUGAGCGUGACGUUUGUUUUUUUCCUGUUCUCCAUCCACGAUCCGUUAAGGACAAAAGAUAAAAAGAGAGAUUCGCUACUGCGUGAUAAAACUGCAGUAAUUUCAACCGCAAACACACAAGAUUAACUUUCCGAGAAUACACACUGGGGAAAAAAAAAAAAAAAAAAAAAAAAAACAGAAAAACCAACAGAAAGCACACAAUUCCUGAGAAGUCCGGUAAUAACCGAGUACAUUCACCGAAAACAGUGUCAAGAUCGGGCCCGUUUCGAUUUUUGCACAUUAAUUUACUGUAUAUAUAUAUACACAUUUAUAUAUAUGUAUAUAUAUAUAUAUUUGUAUAUAUAUGUAUAUAAAUGGACAGAUGUGUGAAAAUGAAUAUAUACACGUGUAUCUAUGAAAAUUGAAAAGCUUAUUGAAAGGCGUUAUUAGUAAUGUCAUUAUAAUUGAGAGUAAAGAUCUUAAUAAUUCGUUGAAUUAUUCGAUUUAGCGAUGUGAAAGCCUGGAAGAGUGGAAAGACAGUUUUAGAGCGGAAGAAACUCUUAGAAUUAGUCGACAAGCUUUUUUUGGUACUCUGCUUUGCUAGUUUACUUUUUGAAGGUUAUUAUACAGUAAAGUAGGGGGUGUUUUUUAGGUGACGUGGGUACAGAUUCACGGUAAUGAUUAUUUAAUUCUGGUUAAAACAACCGUUCGGGAAAUGGACACUCAAAUUUUUCAUCAUAGAUUAAUGCGUUUAGCGAGAUUGUAUUUAAGUAUAUAUGUGUAUAUCAUACAUAUAUAUAUGUGCAUACUUCGAAAUGAAAAUACAAAUAAAAAUGUCCGCUGUGGGUACAUCACAUCUAUCGAAACAUCGUUCCGAUAUAAAAUGAAAAUUUGACGUUUAUUCGAUUUAAUUAGACACUUUUUCCGAAUAAUGUUCUCCGAAAUGUAGUUAUUUUUAGAAAUUUGCUGUUGCUAUUGUUCGUUGAAUUUAUCCAUUUAAACACAUAUACUUGCGAAUACAAGCUGUUUCAUCAACAACUUUUCGAAAUGUGAAGUUAGGAAAAAAUUGCAUAUUUUUUUUCAGGAAGCUGAUUGAACUGGUAGAGAUAAAAAGAAUGUGGGAUAUUUGAUGCUUUACAAAAUUGAUCUUGUUGACUUUUGCGCUAGCUCUAGUAAUUCAAAUUGUCCAAGGGAUGAAAUAAUGCCGAUACUUUAACUUAAAAAAUGAAUGACUAGCAGGAGUGGGGGGGGGGGGGGGGGGAGGGAAAUCAAUGAAAAAACAUAACCAGAUUCUUGGACACGGUUUCGGUCCUCUAUCGAAGUCCUUAUUUCGAAAGAUUGUUCUUGGAACGUUCUGUAUUUGUAAAAAUAUGUAUAUUUUUAUGGAAAUAGUUUUUUUGAUUGAUUAUUUUUUGUUGAUAACAGGAAUAUUAUACAUUUUUUUUUAUAAUUCUGUUUGCGUGAGAGCAGGGUAGAGGAAUUACUUUGCAGAUCGAAUCAGACACCGUACGAAUUACAAAGAGAAAAAGCUCGCUUUAUGUAUCGAGCAAUAAAUUGUACGAAAGUCAAAAAAUCACGCAACAACGAUAAAAUCCUUUCCGGUUACAAGGACUAUAAGAUUAUAAAUCGUUGGGAGUAAUAAAAAUGCUGUAUUAGCGAUGGCUUGGAACAUAGUUUUGGUCAGCUUACAUAACGAAACUGAAUCAAGCUGUAAUUUUCUUGGCCCAUCCCAAGAAUACACAGAUAUAUAUAUAUAUAUAUAUGUGCGCAUUAUUAAAUGGCAAAGUGAACGUAUUAUUUCGAUGUUUCCGACCAAGGUCGAACACGAUCGAUUCGUUCGAGUACAGAGUGAUAGAAUGGGCUUUUUUCUGAAACGAACCGAAAAAAAAUAAACGAAAAAACGAAAACGACUAACGCCGAAUGUGGAUAAAUGUUUUCCUCGUGAACGUUACGAUUCAAAAAAAAUGGAACAGUACGACUGUGUCUUUGCACCUUCGCGUGUCGAGAAAACAAAAAAAAAGGAAUAAAAAAAAAAACAUUCUGAUUUACGAGAAACGAGCUCGUGAUCGAUCAGCCAAACGAUGAGAACCCUAAUCAAAAAAGUACAAAAGCAACACACACGCACGCAUGCGCGCGUGCGCACACAAACACACACACACACACAUUUUAAGAAUCAUCGAUAUUUAUUAACGUACUAUACUAACAUACAACAACAAAAACGUUAUUAACACAACUAUUCGCUUGUAACAGCAGACUACCUUUCUACUGUUUUGAAAAAAUUAACAUCUAGUCUUCUAGCACCGUCGUACUUUUUUCCAAUCACACGAUGUGAUCUAACUGUGUUAUAAUUAGCGAAAAAUAAAAUACGAAAAACAGUAAAUGUUUUAAAAUAACACGAAGAAGCAUAUAUGGAAAACGAAAAAAUUGAGUAAAAAUGAUAAAUAUUUCCACGCAACGUACACAAGUGACAAACACCUUUGAAAAUUCCACGUACAAUACAUAUAGCUCAGAUUGCUAUACGAAUCCUCGUGUCCAACUUCAUAUUGAGAUAAAUUUUAUGCAAGUGUUUUAAAUUAAAAAUGGUAGAUAAAUCGAAUAAAAAAGAAAAAAUAAAAACGAACACAAAACAUAAGAUUAUUAUUAUUACUAUUAUAUAAAAAAAAUGUCGUGAUAUGUACCAGAGUUUCGAUUCUCGUUGCUACGUUUCUCGCUUUGAAAUUUAAUAGCAUUCAUUUAAUUAUAAAUAUAUAAAGGUGAUGCAGUGAGAAACGAUGUAAGCCAACGAUAAAUUAGUCCGAAUCAACGUGUUUCCCGUACAAUGCCACGAUUUCCUCUCGGCACACGUGAUACAGUAAGAGGUUUAAUUAAAAUUAAUAAUAUUACUUUUAAAAUAAAAAUAUUGAAAAAUAAUAAAUUAAUUGCCGAUUAAAAAAAAAGUGGCAAAGUAAAUGAACACAAAAACAUCUAUUGAAACUGAUAGAAAUCUAUAUUAAUAUAGAAUAUAUGAAAUGGAUUAUAUUGAAUAAUAUAUCGAUGUACAAUAAUUCUGAACGACGAUUGAUUAUUGAAUAUCAAUAGCAUUAUUAUUAAAAAAACAUCCGUAUUGAAAUGGAUUGAGAAGGGCUUAUAAUGAUAAUGAUAACGUGAUUAAUAAUAUGAAUAAAUGGAAGAUUUCAAGUCUCUGGAA